UAACUUUCUUCAAAUAUUAUUCUUGCUCGGAUUGCAAGGUAAUUUGACUCAGUUAAUUUCUCUCAGAUCAUAAAGAAAAAAAAAAAAAACUUGAUCACGUUUUUCAAAUGCUCACGUUUGGUGCGCCUCAAUCAUCCCUCCCCGUGAAGAUAGGUGGCGCGUGUUCCAGGGUCUCUCUGUGUAACAGAAAAGAAAAAGAAAAAAAUGUCAUUAGAAGAGGCGUGAACACGUCAGUCCGUCCCAGGUUGUUUCCUGGAGUGGCUGAAAGAGAUCAGUCCUAACCUGCCCAGCAGGAAUAACGGUCCUUCUUCCUACUCUUUCCAAGGCUUAUUAUCAUUUUGCGAGGAUCUUCAUAAUUCAACCUUUUUAUUGCUUCGUGCUGUUUCUUCUGUUGAACUAUUUUAUAAGAUACGGACAGCAUUCCAGAUAUUGAGCCUGCGUGCUGCUGAUUCAGGAGUGGAGUCCAUGCGAACUGCCAUCUGAUCCACUCUUAUCAAUGAAGCAGCAGAUCAUGGCGGAUGGCCCCAGGUGUAAGAGGCGAAAGCAAGCCAACCCAAGAAGGAAAAACGCAGGGGUCAAUGUUGGCAGUUUGUGUAGGGUGUCGCAGGGAACUACCCACAGAAAGACCGACAAACAGGGCAUUACCCAGCCUCAACUUGCCUAAACCCUUGUGGUCACACCUCUUGAAAAGGUUUUGUUUCUCCCGUCAAUUGGUAUUCAAACCAGUUUUGAACUAUGAGAACGUAGUGGAAACAGGAUCAGAAACAGAUGAGGAUGACAAGCUGCACAUUGCGGAAGAGGAUGGUCUCCUUAGUGCCCUGGAACGUGAGGGUAGUCCAGCGAGCAUGCCCAACCAUGACUCUUCUCCGCGUGUGAGCCAAGCACUGAUACAGAAGGAGGACGAGGAAGAUGAGAUGAGAGAGAGUGGAGUGGAUCACACCUGGCACAGCAACGAGAUGCUGCAAACCUCAGUCGAUGGUACUGAUGAAAUGAAAGAUGAGUAUGACACUAUGGGGCCUGAAGCCACACUUCAGACCACUGGAAACAACGGUACAGUUAAGAAUGGAGAUUGCACUUCAGAAUUUGAGAAGUAUUUUGCCAAACGAAAGCUGGAUGCUGGAGAGAGCCAUGUGGUCAGUAUUGCAGAGUACCUACAGCGAGGUGACACAGCCAUUAUUUACCCAGAAGCCCCCGAGGAAUUGUUCCGCCUUGGCACACCGGAGGCCAAUGGGCAAGAAGAAAAUGACCUACCACCUGGAACUCCAGAUGCUUUCGCCCAACUGCUGACCUGCCCCUACUGUGACCGGGGCUACAAGCGCUUGACAUCACUCAAGGAGCACAUCAAGUACCGCCAUGAGAAGAACGAGGAGAACUUUGCCUGCCCCCUGUGCAACUACACUUUCGCUUACCGCACCCAGCUUGAGCGACAUAUGGCCACACACAAGCCUGGGAGAGAUCAGCACCAAUUGUUGAACCAGGGAGCUGGCAAUCGCAAGUUCAAAUGCACAGAAUGUGGCAAGGCCUUCAAAUACAAACACCAUCUGAAGGAACACCUGCGGAUUCACAGUGGUGAAAAGCCAUACGAGUGCCCAAACUGCAAGAAACGCUUCUCCCAUUCUGGCUCCUAUAGCUCGCACAUCAGCAGCAAGAAAUGUAUUGGCUUGAUCUCGGUAAAUGGAAGGGUGCGGAACAAUAUAAAGACAAGUUCUUCUCCUACUUCUGCUUCGUCUUCUCCCACUAACUCAGCCAUCACACAACUCAGACAUAAGCUGGAGAAUGGCAAGCCACUCGGCCUACCAGACCAAUCAGGUCUUCUAAAAAUUAAAACAGAACCACUAGAUUUCAAUGACUACAAGCUCAUUAUGGCCUCUCAUGGGUUUGGUGGGUCUGGGCAUUUUAUGAAUGGAGGAAUUGGACCUACUAGCCCAUUGGGAAUCCAUGCUUCAUCUCAAAGUCCAAUGCAACACUUAGGGAUGGAAACACCACUGAUGGGAUUUCCUGCCAUAGGGAGCAAUUUAAGUGAAGUGCAGAGGGUCCUCCAAAUUGUGGACAACACAGUAUCGAGGCAGAAAAUGGACUGCAAACCUGAUGAGAUCUCAAAGCUUAAGAGUUAUAUGAAGGAACUUGGAGCUCAAGUUGAGGAACAAGGACAAGGAGUGACUUCUCCUGAUGCUCCACCUGUUGGUCUUCCAGUGGUCAGUCAUAAUGGUGCCACUAAAAGUAUUAUUGACUACACACUAGAAAAGGUCAAUGAAGCCAAAGCUUGCCUCCAGAGCUUGACCACGGACUCAAAGCGACAAAUUAGCAAUAUUAAAAAGGAGAGAAUGAAUCACAUAUUAGACCUAGGUACUGAAGAUAAGAUGCAUGAGAACAAUAACCUCUUUACCCCCUUCUCUUGUCAAUUCUGCAAGGAGACCUUUCCAGGUCCAAUUCCCUUACAUCAGCAUGAACGCUACAUGUGCAAAAUGAAUGAGGAGAUCAAGGCAGUACUACAGCCCAAUGAGAACAUGACUCCCAACAGGCCUGGGGUGUUGGGAGAGAAACAUGCUCUCUUGCUUUCUUCCAUGCUCUCUGAGAAAGUAGUGACAAGCCCCAUCAACCCUUACAGGGACCACAUGUCUGUGCUUAAAGCAUACUUUGCCAUGAACAUGGAACCCAAUUCAGAUGAACUACUGAAGAUUUCCAUAGCUGUUGGCCUCCCUCAGGAAUUUGUGAAGGAAUGGUUUGAGCAACGAAAAGUUUACCAGUACAACAAUUCCAGAACUCCACCAAUGGAACAGAACAAUGCGGAGGUGGCGCUGGCUGCCACCAACACUCCCACUAAAGACACUAUGUCAGCCAGGUCUCCUAUACCUUUAAUAAAGCCUGUGGACUCUAUUACUUACCCAUCCAUAGCAGAACUCCAUAACAAUGUUAAUAAUUGUGACACACCUCUCAGGCUUACAAAACCAUCCCAGUUUACUGGUGGUAAACAAGUUGGUGAAAAGUUGGACCACUCCAGGAGCAAUACUCCUUCCCCUCUAAAUCUUUCCUCCACAUCUUCUAAAAACUCCCACAGUAGCUCUUACACUCCAAACAGCUUCACUUCAGAAGAGCUCCAGGCGGAGCCAUUAGACUUGUCUUUGCCAAAACAAAUGAAGGAACCUAAAAGUAGUAUAGCUGUAAGAAACAAAACUAAAGUUAACAGUGUUAACAUUGACCAUAACAGUAUUUGUUCUCCCUCUGAGCACAUAGAGGAGCCAUUGAACUUGGCCUAUCUCAAGAAGGAAUUUGGUUCACAUAACAACCUUGACAAAAGCACUAAUCAAUUGUUCAGUAUUAACCCAUUCGGUGCAAAACCUUUGUACUCAUCGCUUCCGCCACAAAGCGCAUUUCCCCCAGCCACUUUCAUGCCCCCGGUUCAGGCAAGCAUCCCUGGGCUGCGGCCAUACCCAGGGCUGGAUCAAAUGGGCUUCCUACCGCACAUGGCCUACACUUAUGCAACUGGAGCAGCUGCUUUUGCUGAAAUGCAGCAAAGAAGAAAGUACCAAAGGAAACCAGGUUUCCAGGGGGAGCUGCUUGAUGGAACAACAGAUUAUAUGUCAGGCCUGGAAGACAUGACAGACUCAGACUCCUGUCUGUCCCGGAAGAAGAUUAAGAAGACAGAAAGUGGUAUGUACGCGUGUGACUUGUGCGACAAAACAUUCCAGAAGAGCAGUUCCCUCCUAAGACACAAAUAUGAGCACACAGGUAAACGGCCACAUCAGUGUCAAAUUUGUAAGAAAGCAUUUAAACACAAGCAUCACCUUAUUGAACAUUCGCGACUGCACUCAGGCGAGAAGCCGUACCAGUGUGACAAGUGUGGCAAGCGCUUCUCGCAUUCGGGGUCCUACUCGCAGCACAUGAACCACAGGUACUCCUACUGCAAGAGGGAGGCAGAGGAGAGAGAGGCAGCGGAGAGGGAGGCCCGGGAGAAGUGUAGUCUAGAGCCAACAGAGCUACUGAUGAACCGAGCAUACUUACAGAGCAUCACUCCUCAGGGGUACUCCGACUCAGAAGAGCGAGAUGGCAUGCUGAGGGAUAGAGAUGACAGUAUGAGAGGUCACGAGAAAGAUGUUGAAGGGGGGUAUGUGAAGAUAGGAAGGCAGGACGAAGAGUUUGAGGAAGAGGAAGAAGAAAGUGAAAAUAAAAGCAUGGAUACAGAUCCAGACACGUUAAGAUACGAGGAGAAUGGAGACCACUCAAUGGACGAUAGUUCGGUGGAUGGGAAAACAGAAACCAAAUCAGAUCAUGAAGAGGACAAUAUAGAAGAUGGCAUGUAAUAAACUACUGCAUUCUAAGCUUCCUAUGUUUUCUUCCAGUAGUAUUGUUACCUGCUUGAUUUAAACGAACACACUGCUGUGUUAGCUGUACAUGCACGUGCCUGAUGCUUCCAGGAAGCCUGUGUUGAUGGACUUGAGUGGAGGGAGGCAAUUCUGCCGACAGAGACGGUGUUAUGAGUUUGAGUGGGGGAUUGUUAAGAAGCUGCAUUAUGCAAAAAAAAAAGAAAAAGAAAAAAAAAGAAAUUUUAAAAAUUGUACAGUAUUAAGGCCUAAAUAAUGUGUGGUGCUAACAUCAUAAAACCCUGUGUUUCAUAGUAUUUAUAGCACAAACUAGUUACUUGUACAAAUUGCACUCCGCUUAUAUAAUCACUACAAAAAUAAUAAUAAAAAGUAUUGCCUAUGUAUAUUUAUACAGUGUUAAAAGCAGUAGUGCCCGCACUACAGUUCAUCAGUAUUAUUACUUAGCUAUCACUUAAUGUGUUGUUUAUAGUUUUGUCCUGUUGUCAGGCCAACUAACCACACAGUUUUAGGCCUCAGACUUUCUUUAUGUGAAGGAACUUAAAUGAUGCCUGUGUGAUUUUAAGAUAUUGAAGUCUUAAAGCAACCUUGAUAUGAAGGACAGUGGUAUGAAGACAAAAAGAAGGAAAGAAAGAAAGAUGAAGGAGAAAGCCUUUGUAAGGUGGUUUUUUUAAAUAAGAAAAAGCCUUAUAUGCAAACCUUUUAAUCUGUGUGUUUCUGCAAGUGCCAUCCUUGUAUAGUGUAAAGGAAGGUAACUGUUGUUACCUUUGCACCAGCUUCAGUAUUAAGAAAUAGCUCACUUUGUUCUUUGAAGCACCCAUGUCAGUAUUAGAAGAAUAGACAGCAGUUCCUUAGUUUACAUAUGUUUGUGCAAUUUUCUGUACUUUAUUUUAUUGUUUUGUUCAUUAACUUUUGUCAGUAUUACACCAAACUUUUUUUGCAACAACAAAAUUUGCAUUCAUUUUAUUUUAGGUUAAAUACCAUUUUAUUUAUGUGGCUCAUUUUAUAUUUCCUAAUUUUAUUUAUUUCAUACUGUAGUGUACAGUAUUAUAGUUCUUCAAUAUAUAGAUAUAUUUUAGUAAAAAGGAACAUGGCGUUGAUCAUUGGGGCAAAUUUUACAUAAAGAGAGCAUUUAUUGUGUUUUGGAACAUUAAUUGUUAAAUGCAAAUUUUCAGUUUUAUUUUAUUUUUUAUUUUAUUUUAUUUUUUUCAAUUACUGGAAAUUCCAAAUUUGGGAACUUUUGAUACGAUCUUGUGAAAACACUGUAUUUUCGACUGAAAAAAAAAAAAUUCCACUUUCUUCAUCUUGUUUUUUAGCUAAAAAAUGAAGAGGGGCUGUUAAAAUACAAUGUAUGAUACCAUGACAGAAAAAGAAAAUCUUUCCUGAAAUGUCUUUGUAAAAGUAUUAUUGAAUUUUUAAUUUGUAAUUUCUCUUAGAAAUGACCAUGCUCGAAUAAAAGUAGCCAAAUUAUAA